AUGCGAAAUUCAGAAAAGAAAAAUUAUUAUAAUAUUGCUCGUGAAGAUUUAGAGAAAUUAAGUGGAGACAUAUCUGUGGAAGAAGAUAUAAAAUUAUCUAAAACUCAAAGGAAGAUAAAAGUCAUAUUGCGAAAAUUGAAAAGGGCUAGAAAACUUAAUCGAAUUCAUACUCUUGUUUACGCUUUCUAUCUUGGUGAAAUUCUGGAAAAAGCGUGGGAAAAAAACACAUAUAAAUACAAUAAAGAUCUGUCAAGAUACUAUGCUGAAGUGUCUGUGCGAGUAUAUUACCUUUUUAAGAAGGCUGGAGUUAAACGAAUUUAUCAAACGACCAAACUGACUUUGGCAACGAUCUCCAAACUGAAGGCCGGAGAAUUUCAACAACUGGUAAAUGACAAUGAUAACAACGAUGAUAGUGAAGAGGAAUCAUCAUCUCAGGACAACAAUGAUGCUGAGGAAUUAUCACAGAAUGAUGAUACUGAAAAUAAGUCAUUUCAAAAUAUUGGCCUCCCACAAACUAGCACUAGCCCCUCUCAAGAAACUCCGCAGCAAGUUAAUCCAGUUUUGAUUACCAUCGAUCGACAUAACGACUAUCAACUUAGCUUUCAUCCAAAUAUUGUCUAUCAAUCGUUUCAGGGUUACUCUGGCUUUUCUGGCGCCCACGCUACUAUUGGUUCCCAACUGCAGAAUGGCUUAGAAUUCUCCAAUAUUACUGACGGUUCUCAAGCCUACACUGCCGUUGGUCAAUCAACUCAAAUUGCCACUAAUACUAAUACUUUUCAAAAUAUGACAGUCCCACAUUUCCAUGGAUCAUCACUUUAA